AGCAGCUGUUUCCCUGUUUCAGACCCAUUUCGAUUGGACGAUUUUUAAGUGAUUUUAGCCAAUCACACUCACCCAGGUCAGAACAAAUGAACAGGAAGGAAAGAUGGCGGCUAGGAACGGAAAGAAUGGUCUACUGGAAAAAUGGAGGAUCGAUGAAAAGCCAGUGAAGAUCGACAAAUGGGAUGGUGCAGCUGUGAAGAACUCUCUAGAUGAUGCAGCCAAGAAGGUUCUGAUUGAAAAAUAUGGCUACGUUGAGAACUUCAACCUAGUGGAUGGACGUCUGUUCAUUUGCACGAUCUCCUGCCUUUUCGCCAUUGUAGCUUUAAUUUGGGAUUACCUCCACCCGUUCCCAGAGUCCAAGCCCGUACUGGCGUGUUGUAUCGACACAUACUUCAUAAUGAUGGGGAUUUUGACCCUGUACACCUCUUACAAAGAGAGGAACAUCUUCCUUGUGGCCUUGCAGAAGGACCCAGCUGGGAUGGACCCUGAUCACAAUUGGCAGCUGUCCUCUAGCCUAAAAAGGUUUGAUGACCAGUAUACGUUACGAGUGUCCUUCACUGACGGGAAAACCAAGCUGUUCAGGGAGACGGAGUUUACAAAGUCGGUCGGGGUGUUCUUCGACGAGAACGGGACGCUGGUGAUGGACCAAUUUGAAAAAUAUGUCUCAAAGCUUCACGACACAUUGGCCACAGAGAAGAAGACAAAGUAACGGUUAGUCGAAACUGACGGCGCAGGCCUUCAGCGACCCGGCGCACGCAGUAACGGUGGCUAUAGUGGGACAAAACACAGAUGUUAUUCAGGCUAGCGAGUGUUAUCACAGUUUAGCUCUCGGCUCUAACAUUACAUAAGGUCAGCAGUGGGUUUUUUAGUGCUAAAAGAUUGUCCGAUUUUCUUUUUUGUGAGCCAUGUUUUGUUUUUUAAAUGCAAGUUCAAUUUAUACUGGUGUCUCAGUUUAGUGCUCUUUAUUAGAAACAAAAAAGCCAGGCAUUUCUACCAUAUGCAUAGAUAAGGAAAACAGUGUUCUUCAAUAUCAAUGUAUUU